AUGUGUGCAUCUUUGUGUUCCUGGCUUGUCCUUGCUGGUUGCAGGGCAAGAGAACAGCGGCUGAGAAGGAGGGACAGGAGCAAACAAGCGAAGUUUCACGUGCUGUUGGCGCAGGGCACGCUGCCAGAAGAGCUUCGCAAGGAGUGGGAAGCCCUCUCGACCGGCAAAGCCAAAACCGAGCUGGUGAACAACAGCAUCAGUCGCGAUGAUGUUACGGGAAAGCUUAGCCUCUCCUGCGACAAGGCCCAGCUUUCGACGUCGACAGCCUUGGUGUCGGACAACAAGCUGUCCCGCCAGAACAAGGCGCUGGGCAAGACGCUCUUUCAGGCCAAGUUUAACUUGUCGCACCGUUCUCAACGGCGAGGUGGAUGUGGUGAAAGACGAGGGAUCGACGGGAACCUGCAGCCCGGAGAUGGCCAACAAGCUGUCCAGCAUCUGACCUUCAACCUCCAGUCCGUGCAGGGCCUCGACGACGCGCCCGAGGAGCAAGCGCAGCCCAGUGGCUUCAAGAAGGAGGGCUCAGCUUUGGCGAUCGAGGAUGCCAAGUCCGCGCCUGCGGAGUCGCAGGCUUUGUCCGACAAAGAGUGGGAGGAGGCCAAGGGCCUCCUGCAGCAAAGCAAGGACGCCAUGGGCAAGCUGCUGAAG